AUGGAGACUGACAGCUACACCUCAGGCCCCACCAGCACUGACUGGGCUGGGAUGGUGGCCGGUCUGAACGGAAUGGGACUCCUUCAGGAGCAAGGAGGGGGGGGCUUGCCCGGCAGCCCGGAGGCCUGGUACACGCCGUACUCGCUGGGCUUUCAGGUGUCGCUUACUUCCUUCCUCAUGCUGGAGCUGGUGUUGGGUUUCAGCAGCAACCUGACAGUGCUGGUGCUCUACUGCUCUCAAUCCAAUUUAGUGGACUCUGUGAGCAAUAUGGUGACUGUGAAUCUGCAUGUGCUGGACGUGGCGGUGUGCGUGCUGUGUCUGCCCCUCACGCUGGUGGUUGUGCUGCUGCCCCCGGGACCAAACAUGGCCCUGCUCUGCUGCUUCCAUGAGGCCGGUGUCACCUUUGCCAGCAUAGCCACGGCCAUCAACAUCCUGGUCAUCAGCCUGGACCGAUAUGACAUCUCAGUGCGGCCGGCCAACAGGCUGCUGACCACACGUAGAGCAACGCUGCUCCUGGCUGCCGUUUGGAUCACCUCGGUCGCUGUGUUUUUUAUCCCAUUCUUGGAGUUGCAGUGGUCCGGUGCAGGAGAAGCAGAAGAGAGAGGGCAGGUGACACCCGUGUCAUUCUCCUCACAUGGUAUCAGUGCCGCAGUGGCACCAGCGUGGCGGAACCAGACGCUGCUGUGUGUCGGUGGGCAGGGCUUACACACAGGUCUGGCUAUGUACUACCAUCUUAUCCUGCAGGUACCCAUCUUCUUCACCACAGUGGCAGUCAUGCUCUUCACCUACUCCAAAAUACUGAGGGCUUUAAACAUCCGCAUUGGCUCCCACAUAAAGAAGGGCCAGCGGUUCAGGGGCCCUUCCUGCAGGGGGCAGGAGGGGCCCCACAAGAGACCGAAUGGAAAGAAGGUGGGGCUCCGAACGAAUGACGGUGGGCAGGUAGGAGGGGAGCGGUGCACCACUGAUGGUACCAAACAGCUCUGCCACCCUCCCCUCAUUCCUUCCCCCUCCCCCACUCCCACGGCCACAUCCCCUCCUGCGCUGUCCUCCGCCCCACUAGUCACCUCCGACACAGGCGCUGCGAACGCCAUGCCCGCCACCAUGGGUGUCCAGGCCUCCGUGUCUGCCAUCAUCGCCCUGAGGAGGGCAGUGCGGCGACACAGGGAUCGGCGAGAGCGACAGCGGCGGGUGUUCAGGAUGUCCCUCAUCAUUAUCACCACGUUCCUGGGCUGUUGGGCUCCCCUCUCUGUGACCAACAUGCUCAUCUUGGGUAUCGGCCCCAGCGACGCCCUGGUCAGCCUCCGCCUCUGGUUCUUAGCCCUGUCGUACGGUACCACAGUCUCCCACCCGCUGCUCUACGCCUUCACCCGGCAGAAGCUGCGCCGCGCCCUCCGUACUAAGGUCAAGAAGAGGGUGGUGUCCCUGCUCCAGGUAGACCCUUCACCGGGGGGCACCAUCAUACACAACUCCUGGGUGGAGAACAGGAAAACCAGCCGGAAGGUGCGGCUGGAAGCAAGCGAAGGUACUGACCGCUGCCUGGCAGAGGUCCUGUGAGACUG